UGCGCACGCGCACACACGGAUUACAACUGGAUGAGCUUGAGCCAGGCUGAAGCUCACAGAUAACCUGGAACUGUAGCACGCCACACGAAGUUCUUAGGAAAAAGCGUCACAGAAAAUGGGAAGUACAAUUAUUAGUCAAAGACUUCAUGUUGGACUGCAGCAGCUCACAGCUUUGGCGGCUGUCACACAUUCCUUUUUGGGCCCCAAUAAAAACCACAAGUUUAUUCAAGACGAGUCUACCGGGGAGUCGUCCUUGGUGUGCACAUGUUUCCGCGUCUUGGAGCACUUAGACCUGACCUGCUCUGUAGGUCAGCUGGCCAAUGAGACAAUCCAAGCUCACCAGAAGGUCUUCCACUCUGGUGCGGGGUGCCUGCUAUUUAUGGCUGGGGUCUGGAGCAGGGCUGCCCUCGAAUGUCUCCACAGAGACAUUUCAAUCCCACAUAUUGUGUCAGCCAUGUCUGAAGGGCUGGAUAUAUGUUGCAAAGUCUGCAGGUCAAACAGUGUGUCGAUUGAAGACGUUCGACCGGUUGCUUCUGAUAGUGGCACAUCAGUACUCCAGGGCUCUCCACACACAGUGUUACGUAACCCUGUCACAGGGAUGAACCCUAGCCAUGGGGCCCUCAACAACAAGAAACAAAGCAGAAUAAAACUCACUCACAGCAGACAUUUUUGUGCAAAUGAUGAAGCUGAUGAGAACACCACACCAGGGUUAUUUUCCCAUGCAGUGAGUUCUAAAGGAGUUGAUAUUCCUCACCUCGCUGAAGCUGUGAGCCAUGGAUGUGUGGAUGCAAUGCGCUUAGUGGUUGAGGUGAGCAAGAUGCAGUCAAAGAACAAUGGAAGUGGUGACAGGUGUAGAACAUUUGAUGUCAACAAGCUGGUAACGUGCACUCUGCCAGGCUUGUCAGAGGACCAUUCAUGUGUUUUACCAGGUUGUGUUAUUAUGCUCUCUGCAGAGCAGGCUUCCCUUGUACAUCACAUGAAAGAACAGAAGUGGCAAGUUGUUCUCAUUAAUGGAGAUCUCAGUGAAAAAUAUCGCCAUCUUGGUUUCAAUAGCAAGAAUGACAUCAGCCAAGUGACCGACAAGUUGGACUUGAAAGGCCUCAGCAAAGAAGAUGAUUGGGAAGACAAUGUUUUAACAACUCUGUUGAAAAACAAUGUGAAUCUAGUUUUAGUCAAUGGAGAGGCAAGUGAAAGACUCACCCAGCACUGCAUGAGUCACCGUAUACUUGUGGUUGAAAGGAUGAAGCCUGACAUUUUGAAGGACUUUGCGGAAACAACAGGAGCUGUCCCUGUCACCUAUGCCACACAACUGAGUAAGCACUGUGUCGGCACCGGGGUAGAAAUCUCCAUAUGGAGAGACUGCAGUGGCAACAGAAGGAGAGCAUCAAUGGCUGUGAACAUUGUCGCUGAUCGCACUGCGCUGGUCACAGUGGUCCUCACCACCUCUGUGCACAGCAAGCUGCAGACCUUGGAGGACUGUUUCUGGGGCUGUGCCUAUCGUCUACACCACACACUGAAAGACAGGAAACUACUCCCCGGUGCUGGAAAGACUGAAUUGCUUUGUGUUCAAAUCCUUCAAAACCACAUUAAAGAUAAUGGUGAGCAAACAAGAGGCAAAGAUGGAACCUCUGCCCCACAAGCUAAACAAGGAAGAGCAGGAAACCCACACAGGGCUGAUGUGUUUCAACUCAUGGCAGAUGGUUGGAUGGACUACAUUUCCACUCUGAUGUUGAACAGUGGAACUUGUUCAAAAGUGGACGCUUGGACCACAAUCAAUCAGCAGCUGAUAGAUUUGAAUGGGGGAUUAUCUCUAGAUGCUAAUUUCUCAAGACUGCUAUUAAGAGAUGACACCGAGGAUGGUAUGAUGUCCCCAGAUAUGAAGCGCAGUGCAGGGAAGGUCUAUGACAAUAUGACAGUGAAGUUGGAAGCAUGGAGGAAAGCCCUGGAUCUUGUUUUCCUUGUGUUACAGACAGACACUGAGAUCAUUACUGGCAUAGAUCCUAAACAAGUGGAGGGACAAUCAAAUGUUAUGGUGCUUUGAUGGUUUUAACACAUUGCUGCGCACUCAUUUUUGUAUAUUAUCAUGAAAUGCAUAACAUGUCUAAAUGUGUUUUAUUCUUUGAAUCCAAAUAUGCUGAAAAAUGAAUAAACUGUUGUAAUUUCAGAGGUAUAAUUUAAGUUAUUAGAGCUUGUCGGCCAUUAGUAAAUUGCACUGGCCCAGCAACAUUUUACCACAUGGGGGAGACAAAGGAUAUGAACGUUAAUCCAUUUCACAUGGUUUCCAACUCUGGCUAUAUCAAUAAACAUGUCAAAAUCCAGUCACUGAGGUGCUUGUGUGUUCAGAUCUCAGUAAAUGUUUUCAUGCUUAUCCCCAUCCUAGAAUUACAUCUAAAUCAUCUUACAUCCCACCUCGUGCACAAGUUAUAUUAUACGUUCCACCCAGAGCCAAAGUUUUUUAAAACCUUUAUUUAACUAGGCAAGCCAGUUAAGAACAAAUUCUUAUUUAUAAUGAUGGCCUACCCCAGCCGAACCCUAACCCAGACAACGCUGGGUCAAUUGUGCGCUGCCCUAUGGGACUUCUAAUCACGGCCGGUUGUGAUACGGCCUGGAAUUAAACCAGGGUCUGUAGUGACGCCUCUAGCACUGAGAUGCAGUGCCUUAAACCGCUGCGCCACUUGGGAGCCCAGAAGCAUAGCAUGUGACGUGUCAUAUUUUGUUAACCUCUUAUCACUGACUACAAAGUGAGCAUUAUAGGCUAUUGAGGUGAUGUUCACAGUAUUGCAUUCAAAAUGGAAGAUCAUAGCUCGUCUUCUAUAACCAAAUGAACAAUAAAUGCACUGUUCCAAGUGUCACUGAUAUGGCUGAGGGAAAUACAUUUUUUUCUGUCAGUGUUUGCAUGAGUCUGUAUUUGCUUCCUUUGUGUUAUUUGCCUAUGUGUCUGCACUUCGAACACUGCAUAGGUCUAAGUCCCAGCCAACAGGACAUGGUUUCAUGACUUGCUUGGUCCUGUUUGUCAUAACAUAGAAUAGUUUCCAGAAAAAUAAACAUUUCUAGACAAAGUAAA